AUGACAUAUCUCUUUUCUAAUGUUUCGCUGUCUUUCAUUUAGAAGAGGAAAACAACUGAUUCUUAAAAUUCUAAAAUUGAAAUUAAAUGGCUUUCAAAAGGCACCCACAAGUUGGCUAAAUCGUGCAUAUUUCUGAGAUCAAAGAGCUUAAUUUUAGAGUAGCUAUCACCUAAUAAGCAGUAUGAUGUGUUUUCAUUGACAGUGACAUCCUUGAAAGCUUAUUAAAUUGCUAAAUUGUUAGAAUUUUAAUAUUCAGGAUAAAGAUCUCCAUCUUUUUUAAGAAUAUUAUCAAUAUGGAAACUGUAAAUGUCUCCGUAUUUAUCUGUUACAAAAUGA